AUGGCCGAAGUCGAGGCUAUGCCGACCUUUGGCACCGAGCUCAAGGACGGAUUCAAAGGCGCAAACAUUUGGGUUGGCCACGGGAUCGGCUGGCUCGAAGACAUUCAGCAAUUCUACCGCGAGCGCGCCGCCAUCGAAAAGGAAUACAGCGCCAAGCUCGCCACGCUCGCCAAAAAGUACUUUGAGAAGAAGAACAAGAAAACAUCUCAGCUGAGUGUUGGCGAGACACCUAGCAUGACGCCAGGCUCUCUCGAAAGCGCAUCUGUCACGACCUGGGCCACCCAGUUGACCACCGUCGAAUCCCGAGCUGCCGAGCACGACACCUACGCCAACAACCUCAUUUCCCAAGUCGCCGAGCCGCUCAAGUACUACGGUGCGCGCUUCGAAGAGCUGCGCAAACGACAUUCCGACUAUGCCGACCACCUCACUGCUGAGCGCGAUGCCUCUUAUGACCACCUGCGCAAAAUCAAGGGCAAGUACGACACUACCUGCCAAGAGCUCGAGGCUCGCCGCAAAAAGUCCGAGUCCAGCUACGACAAGGCCAAGGCCCAGAGCGCCUACCACCAGCAAAUGAUCGAAAUGAACAACUCCAAGAACACAUACCUCAUCACCAUCAACGUCACGAACAAGCAAAAAGAACUGUACUACCAUGAAUAUAUCCCCGAAGUCAUGGACAGCGUACAGGACCUCAACGAAUUUCGUAUUCUCAAGCUCAAUGGGUUGUGGUCGGUUGCAAGCCAGCUCGAGGAGGGUCUCAUGAAGCAAAGCGCUCAGUUGAUGCAGGGCCUCACCCAGCAAAUUGCCAGAAACCAACCCCAUCUCGACUCCAUGAUGUACAUGCGGCACAACCUCGGUGGAUUUCAAGAACCUGCCAACAAUACCUUUGAAGCCAGCCCCCUCUGGCACGACGAUAAUCUCAUGGUUGUAGACGAGCCGGCAAAGGUGUACCUGCGCAAUGUGCUCAGCAAGUCUAAAUCACAGCUCGGAGAGCUACGACGUGAAGUGGAUCGGAAACGGCGUGAUGUUGAAUCCGUCAAGAACUUGAAGCAAAAAGUACGCAACGGUACGGAAAAAAAAGACGAGGUCGAGGUAGUCAAUCAACUGUUUGCACUUCAACAAGAUUUACACAGCGUCAACCGCAAGCGAAUAACGGCAGAAGUCGAGACAACAACCAUCACGGCUGCCGUUGGUGAUGUAACGUUGGGCGCAAACAAUCACAAUUUCAAGAGUCAGACUUUCAAGAUACCCACCAACUGCGAUCUUUGCGGCGAGCGCAUAUGGGGACUCAGCGCCAAGGGUUUCGACUGCCGAGACUGUGGCUACACUUGUCACAGCAAAUGUGAAAUGAAGGUACCUGCCGACUGCCCCGGUGAACAGAGCAAAGAGGACAAGAAGAAGCUCAAGGCUGAACGCCAAGACUCAGCAAAUAAAUUUUUGACACCAACUACCGCGGCCCCUACACACGUGGCUGAAUUACCGGAUCUCAGCAGAUCUAACACCAUGAAUUCACUGAGCUCCCGCUCAGCGCGCCGGUCGUUUUCAGGAUCAGGACUCGAAGCGCCCGCCGAAAACGAGCAGCCGAGGAGACCUAGUCCGUCUCCGAAUCCGACCGGCGGGCGAAGGAACAGGGUCGUGGCACCGCCACCCGCAGCAUACAUUACAGACUCUACCGGCCAUGCCAAUGGUGGAAGCCAAGAGAGGAAGGGCAAGAUUCUCUACCCAUUCGAUGCUAGUGGCGAUGAAGAAAUUUCCGUACAAGAAGGGAGAGAAGUUGUGCUAGUCGAACCAGACGAUGGGUCUGGCUGGGUAAAGGUUAGAGCUGGCAAUAGGGAAGGAAUCAUUCCCGCCACCUAUGUUGAAUUCAGCAGCGUCGUUCCUGCCGCCCCGGCACGCCCGUCAUCGACAUACUCGAACUCGACGACGUCCUCGGUAGCGCCCUCCACGGCCAAGAAGAAGGGCCCCGCCGUCGCGCCUAGGCGAGGCGCCAAGAAGCUCAAGUACGUCGAGGCGCUCUACGAUUACGUGGCGCAGACCGAGACCGAGCACUCGAUGAACCAGGGUGAGCGCUUCGUGCUUGUCAAAGAGGACCCCGGCGACGGCUGGGCCGAGGUGGAAAAGGCGGGCGUGACAGGCAGCGUGCCCGCAAGCUACAUCCAGGCCGUCUAG